UCCGCUCCCGUCUCUACUUUCUACUGUUUUUCCUCCGCCACGUCAGUGAACAAGUAGGUGAGGAGGAAAAAGAAGUCCGUGUGGCCUGUUGUUGCUUCACUUUAAUUUGGUUUUUUUUUAAAGCCAGUUUAAUUAACAAAGGAGCGCCAUGGAGGAGCACCACGUGUCGGGACAGAGGGCUUUCCGUCUGUUCUGGCCUGUUUCUCUGCCUCCGCCCACUGGCCUUCAGUGUUGAUCAAGGAGAUAAAUGAAUGAAUGAAGGGUGGGAGAGAAAGUCUGUUUGAUCUUGGCCAUGGCCCACGGCACCAGUAUCCAGUAUGAGCCAGUGGCAGAGAUUGGAGGAGGCGCUUACGGGACAGUUUAUAAGGCCCGAGAUACAGAGAGCGGACAGUUUGUGGCUCUGAAGAGCGUGCGUGUCCAGACGGAUCAAAAUGGCCUCCCGAUCUCCACGGUCAGAGAGGUGGCUCUGUUGAGAAGGCUGGAGCAGUUUGACCAUCCCAAUGUGGUCAGGCUCAUGGAUGUUUGUGCCACCCAGAGGUCGGACCAGGAAACUAAAGUCACUCUGGUGUUUGAGCAUGUGGACCAAGACCUCAAGACGUACCUAGAGAGAGCCCCAGCUGCAGGAUUAUCGUCUGGCCACGUUAAAGACCUGAUGAGGCAGUUGGUGUCCGGUCUUGCAUUCCUUCACUCUAACCGUGUGAUGCACCGAGACCUGAAACCAGAGAAUAUUCUGGUAACCAGCCAGGGCCAGGUGAAGCUGGCUGACUUCGGACUGGCCAGGAUCUACAGCUGCCACAUGGUCCUCACUCCUGUGGUGGUGACACUGUGGUACCGACCUCCUGAGGUUCUGCUGCAGUCCAGUUACGCCACACCCGUGGAUAUCUGGAGCACCGGCUGCAUCUUUGCUGAGAUGUUCAGACGCAAACCUUUGUUCUGCGGAGAAUCAGAAGUGGACCAACUUGGGAAAAUUCUUGAAGUUAUUGGCUUGCCACCAGAGGAGGAGUGGCCGACUGAUGUUACACUCUCAAGGAAAAACUUCCCCCCUCUCUUACCUCGCCCAAUCACUGACUUUGUUCCAGAGAUAAAUGAGCAGGGGGCGCAACUAUUGCUGAAAAUGCUGACCUUUGACCCUUUGAAACGAAUAUCUGCCCUGAAUGCCCUAGAACAUCCAUAUUUCCAGGACGAGGGGACAUUGACUCAAACAAAAAGCUGAAAUGAUGCAGUGAAACAUGCAGCAAGAGGUAACAGUGUCUAAGUUUAGACCUGGCCUAACCAUAAAGGAUUUCAAUUUCAUUUAGUUCAUUGUCUUUCAAGACGCCUGGGUUAUGCUUUGGGAUAUUUUUUGUCACUCCUGCAUCAAAAAAGGAUUAAAGCCAGAGAAAUGGAAUAAAAAAGAAGAGGAAUGAACUUAAGGAUCACUGCCAUGCUUUCCAACAUGUAAAUGUCACAAUUAAUGAUGUUACCAUGUCAUGUCUUCAAGGACAGUACCAGUGUUUUUGAUGUCUGAUUCUUUAUCAGUCUCGUCAGCAGAGACUGAUACACAGAAACUUCUGUCAUCUCCUCUGAAAUGUUGCUCUUGUUAUUUUUGUGCAGUGUUUAGACAGAAGGAAGCGAUGUCAUCUUUUCUCGUUACAGGCUAAACAAAGUCUGACAGAAGUGACUCCUCAGGGUUAGAACAGCCAGUGAUCAUACUGUACUUGUGUUAAUAUUUAUCACACAAAAGGAACAAAAACACCAUAAGCCUGACAUUAAGUUGUAUGAAAAUCAUAAAGAAAAGAAGGAAUAGUCAUAGAAGAAAAACGCACAAGAAAGACACACAUGACAAAAAUACUUGUAUUGUCCUUAAAUACUCAUAAAGUGAAAGAAACUGUGCCUUUUAUUGGAGUACUGAAGGGUUGGACUUCAUUUCAUGUUUAACAUCUUUUGCUAAAACAUCUGAAUUCAACCAGCACUGCAACUAAAAAUGAAUAAAAAACUGUUUUAAUCACAUUCAGACUUUACUUAUGUAUUAUUAUUAUUAUUAUUAUUAUUACCCAGAUGCCAUAUAAAAUUAACAAAUGUGAUUUUAUGAAAACUGAAAUGGACUGAAAUAUUUUGUGAAAAAUACAAUGAACUAUUGAAUACCAACAAAAAAAUUUAUAAAAGACCAAGUUGCUUCACUAUACUGCUUUUGUCCUCUAAUAUUGAUCAAAUAAACAGAUAAUGAAUGUGGUCGUCUAAA